AUGUCAAGAUCGAACGAGUCAAAUAGAAAGGGGAAAAAAGUGGAAAUAGUCUUAUGGGAGAUUGGAGGAGAUCGAGUGCAAAAUCGAAAAUAUAGACCCAGGACCCAGGACCCAGGACCCAGGACCCAGGACCCAGGACCCAGGACCCAGGACCCAGGACCCAGGACCCAGGACCCAGGACCCAGGACCCAGGACCCAGGACCCAGGACCCAGGACCCAGGACCCAGGACCCAGGACCCAGGACCCAGGACCCAGGACCCAGGACCCAGGACCCAGGACCCAGGACCCAGGACCCAGGAAAAUCAUUAA